CAAUCCCUUUGACUUGUUUGACUUUGAUUUUAUCUAAGAUGUACUUCCUUGUUUUGUGUCUGGACGAUAUACAGGGGAUUUAGAAUGAACGAAACAAUGUGGAUUAUCAUAGUGGCUUUUGUUAUAGAUAAAAAGUGUGCGAAUGCAAAAGGUUUUUCAUAUGAACAAGCAUAUCACACAGAGAGUAAAACCUGGGCAGCUGCUUCUGAUGAAUGUGACAGUAAUGAAUUAGAAUUUGACGAAAAGGUGUUGAUGAAAACUGACGUGCUGUGGGAUAAAGCAUUUUGGAUUGGCAUGGCGAUUUAUCAUGUUACUACACCAUGGAUUGAAGUUCUAGGUUGCUCUGCAGUACCAGACGCUCCGGAAAUCAAGAAAGAACCUUCAAUUGUGUUAUGUCAGAAACAAUGUGAAUCGUAUCAGUUCUUUGGUUACAGUGAAACAACAAAAAUGUGUUCCUGUCUACAUGAUAACGGUAGCUCGUACAGUAUAAAGAAUUGUAUAGAACAAAAAAAUUCAACUCAUUUCUUCGUCUAUAAAGUUUUCAGUGGGAUUGUUUCUGGUUAUGACAAUGGUAAAUGUACAACUGUUUACUGUUUUGAUGGAACAAAUGGACUGACAGCAGUAAACUGUGAUGAUCAAAAUGAUGAAACGGCCAGUACAUGCAAUAAUGGGUCCAUAGUUGGUUGGGGUAAAUCGUAUUCAACAAGCAAACAAAUAUGCCUGGGUAGUUAUCAGCUUUUGAUUCCACCUGAAACUUAUUGCCGAUUAAAGGGCCAUGAAAACGAAGCGCAUUAUGCCUGGACAAAUGUUUUUCGGGCGGAAACCGAAGCUAAGCUGACACAAGCUGAAGCAGGUACCAAAGAUCCGCUUUUCUGUUUAGCCGGCUCAUUCACAGAAAAAAAUGACAAAAGAGAACUUAACAUAAGCAGAAGAGUUUGCAAUGACCAGUUAGAUUUUUUUGUGUGCAGAGCAGGCGCCGCUUUAUCUACAACCUCAAAGCAAAGUUUAUCUGCUUUACAGACACCAGAGAAAGUUUCAAGCACGAAACGCGCGUUUGGUGUACAAGAUUUGAAGCCUGACGAAUCAUCUACUACAAUCUCAAGACGAAGCGUAACUGCAACAAAUGCAAUGGAACAAGAUUCUAGCGUCAUCUUUGACAUAGGUCCAAUAAUUGGUGGUAUUGCAGGUGCAAUCGCAUUUUUAGCUGUUUCGGUUGUAAUUUUCUGCAAAAUAAGAUCAUGGGGAUUUUUUAAAUCGGCUAAUACGGAUAAGCAAGAAGUCCAAUUCUCCACCGAGUUCUACGAGCAUUCACAAAAUCCAGAAGUUAGAACAAGUGAGACGCCGAUUUCUAACGAAUCAUAUGGCUUAGCUUCAAUCAAUUCAAGCAACACGUAUGCAGUCGUAAACAAAAUUAAAAAGAACGGACUCCAAACAACUGAGGACACUUAUACUGAAACAUCAUACGGAGAAUAUGAUCGAUUAAAUGGUGUAUCAAAAAGGCGAACUGAUUCAAAGACAAAUUUAUAUGACAGCCAUGUAGGAAUUCGUAACGAAUAUGACCAAACAUACGACAGUUCCAACCAUGGAGGAAGAAGACUGCAACUUGAUAACGAUGUUUAUGAUCAUACAGACACAUUAUCAACAGACGGUAGUGACUACGGUUAUUCGUCAACCCUCAAAUCAGAAACUAGAAAUGAAAAUGAUGUAUACGAUAAAGCAGUCUAGCGGCAACAAUUUAUUAUCUUGAGAAGGGUUAUUGGUAAUUCAGUACUGCUGAAUAUGGACACAAUAAAAUAUUUGAUGACAUUGAUUUAUUUGUAACCCUGAUUUCAAGAAGUGACUGAUGUGGUAGAAUUAUAUCUUAUCCAGGUUAAAUUCACACAUUAUUUUAACCAGGUAUCAACCUUACGGUCAUCUUAUACACUUCAUCGUCUUCAUAACUAUUUCAAAGCAAUUCAGAUUAAGAAAUUAAAUGGUAAUUUUUUUAAAUUUUUUUACAUUGGUGGAGCAAAUAUCUACACAUAAGUUAUUUGUAGAUGAAUCAUAUAAAUCCAGAUUGGUGUUUAAAACAACUUGUGAGGAGUUAAAGGUUUUUUUUUAAUUUUUAAACAACAAAAGAACGCACAUGUUAUUAACAUUAUAGUUACUCCAGUUUGUAGAAAGUACUUACGAAACAUAUUGUAUGCAAUAAACUGACCUGUUUUAGUAUUGAA